GUACAGGUUAGUCGUUUAACCUUAUAUCCUGUCCACCCAACCCUCUCAUACAAUCGUCUUUCCCAGGAAGGCAUUUACUUGUUCACGGGCCAAAAUCUAUCAAGUUCGAAAUGCCGGAGCAAGCUCCGACAGAGGAGCUCAAAAAGCUCAGUGUCAAGGAUGCCGCGGCAAAAAAUGGUGUAGAUCACGACAGCGACGACUCUGAAGGCGAACCCGAGGAAAAUGCUGAGGCUACCCCUGCUGGAGGCGCCGCAAAGAAGAAGAAGAAGAGGAAGCCGAGGAAGAAGAAGAAGAACCCUACGGAGCAAACCGAUCCUCCGCGAGUCCUGAUCUCUCAGCUGUUUCCGAGCAAGAACUAUCCUAAAGGCGAAGAGGUGGAGUAUAUCGGGGAGAACACCUAUCGGACGACCAACGAGGAGAAACGGCACCUCGACAACAUCAACAGCGACUUCCUAACAGACUAUCGCAAUGCUGCCGAGGCACACCGACACGUUCGCCAGUGGGCUCAGAAGAGCAUCAAGCCCGGCCAAACACUGACGGACAUCGCAAACGGUAUCGAAGACAGUGUGCGGGCUCUAGUUGGUCACCAAGGUCUAGAUGAGGGCGAUGCAAUGGUGGCAGGCAUGGGAUUCCCGACUGGGCUCAGCAUCAACCACUGCGCGGCACACUUCACCCCCAACGCUGGAAACAAGAUGGUUCUACAACAAGACGACGUCAUGAAGGUGGAUAUUGGCGUCCAUGUCAACGGCCGCAUCGUUGACAGCGCCUUCACACUUGCUUUCAACCCCCAGUACGACAACCUUCUGCUUGCCGUAAAGGAUGCCACCAACGCCGGGGUCAAGGAAGCGGGCAUCGAUGUUCGGGUCGGAGACAUAGGCGGAGUCAUCCAGGAGGUCAUGGAGAGCUACGAGGUCGAGAUUGGAGGCACGACGUACCCCGUCAAGGCCAUCCGCAAUCUCAACGGCCACAGUAUCAACCACUACAGCAUCCACGGCUCCAAGAGCGUCCCUAUCGUCAAGAGCCACGAUACCACCAAGAUGGAGGAGGGCGAUGUCUUCGCUAUCGAGACCUUCGGCAGCACAGGCAAUGGCUAUGUGCGAGAUGAAGGAGAGGUCUCGCAUUAUGCCCUGCGUGGCGACGCGUCCAAGGUUGAUUUACGCCUAUCGUCUGCCAAGUCGAUCCUCAACGUUAUCAAGAAGAACUUUGGCACCCUUCCGUUUUGCAGGAGGUAUCUCGACCGGCUUGGUCAGGAGAAGUAUCUCCUCGGGUUGAACAACCUGGUCGCCAACGAUAUUGUGGAAGCGUAUCCGCCGUUGGUUGAUAAGAAGGGCUCGUACACUGCCCAGUUUGAGCACACGAUCCUCUUGCGACCUACAGUAAAGGAAGUAAUUAGCAGGGGUGAGGAUUUCUAAGCAUGCAGCUAGAUCGUUGACGAUAGAGGACUGGAUCUGCUCUGCUGGAUCAUUGCCGUCGAGAGCCCGACUUGGGAUCCACACGGCGCCGGCCAUGGCAACUAGGUAUAGGGCCGAAGAACCGUGGGCCGUCGCCAACCCUAGAUUUGAUUCUAGUAGACCCACAAAUAAAGUUGGAAAGGUUGAAAUUCCUCUCACUGCGACGGCAUCCAUGCUUUCAAGAGUAUCAGUAGCAAUGACCCGAGUUAUUGCUGUGGUUCAUACCUACGGAAGGCUACAGUGACCCAAAGGUACACUAGCCAAUCAAGAGCCACUGUGGCAAAAGUGCGCUGCGAGAGGCUGAAAUCUGGUGGGGCAAAAAACUUUCAAAUCGUCAAAAG